GAAACUUUUCGGCGACGCCCGGUGAUGACGGUAACCGUGAGAAAACACUCCUAAUUGAUCUUCAAGAGACGAGUCGAGUCCCCUAGGAGUAAGUACAUUGUUCCUUCCAAGACGGUGUCUUCUUUCGUUAGCCAACGCAACACAAAUGAUUGGCACAAGUCUGCCCGAAUAUAUCUUUAUACUCAUCAGCAUAGGGUUUCUUCGUUUGGUGGCACCAAUUAGCUUUCUAUACCUCGGGUACCUCGUUGCUGUUCAACCAGCUACCAGAUGGCAAACCUCAUUCGGAGGGUAUGCUUUCUUGGAGGUAUUGUUUUAUACCUUGGUAUACCUGCCUAGACGUUAUUUGUUACAGAAGUCUGCAGUGCACCCCGCCAUUCACACUCGCGAAUAUCGGCGGAUGCUUUUCCAACGAUGUUCCGGCCACUUAGCAACCUCAGAUUACCUCUCCGGAUGGUUUUUUUCAGCAGAGUUUAAGAAGGAUAACGUUGUAGACUGGCUCCUCUGGGCUUUAUUCUCUGCGACUAGAGACACCUGUUUGGUGGAAUGGGAGGAGGAACUAGAGGAAUAUAUCUCAAUGGUUGAAGAUAUCAUUGGUCGAAAAUUAACCCCUGGAUAUAACGCUGGAGCCCGACCCAUGCGACUGACCAUCGACAGUGUAUCGAUGCUGCACCGACCAGUAAUAUGGUAUCUGGUUGUAGGUUUGGUGGAUGUUGCUUCAUCUUUCAGACUUUGGCGCCAGGGAUUCCAUCACUAUGAUGACGGCGCUUGGAUAGCGUCCUUUCCGAUGCGCCCCUGUUGUGUCAUCUCGCGAAGAUCGCCGGUAGUCAACUUGCCAUACUGGUAUCGCCCUCACAGAUCAAGUACGAAGCUCCCCGUUCUCUUUCUGCAUGGCAUUGGAAUCGGCUUGUACCCAUAUACGCCUUUCUUCAAGGAACUCAUUUCCCUACAUCCAGAUAUUGGAAUUUUGGCAAUCGAAUUCCUUUCCAUCAGCAUGCAUAUCACCUCCCCUCCACUCUCAAGCUCAGCCACCUGCACCGCUAUUUCCCAGAUUCUGGAUGAUCUCGGACUCGAUCGUUUUGUGGUCUUGUCCCACUCAUGUGGGACAGUCGUCACUGCGCAGAUGCUCCAUUCUCAUUUGGCCCCUCGCGUUGCGGCGAUGCUUUUCGUUGAUCCGAUACCAUUUCUUCUCCACCUUCCUGAUGUCGCCUAUAAUUUUGUCUACCGACAAGCUCGUUCUGCUAACGAGUUACAGCUCUGGUAUUUCGCGUCCAGGGACCCAGAUAUCUCGCGGACCUUAUCCCGACACUUCUUUUGGUCUGAAAACGUACUAUGGAAAGAAGAACUGAUGGGAAGACCCGUCGCUAUAUGGCUGAGUGGAAAAGAUCAAAUCGUGAACUCGGAGCAAGUCAGAAAAUACUUGACAGAGGAACAAACCGCUUCGGAACACUGGGCUACGGACAGACUAGAAGUGCUUUUUGAUCCUGACUUGGAUCAUGCUACUGUCUUCGAUACGAAGAGUCAACGCAAGCGCUUAUUGGACGUUCUGGACCGUUUCGUUAGCUGUCUAGAUUACAGGAAUUGACCCAUUUCCGCAGCUUCAAGCAACGCAUCCACUAGAUCUCGAUCUCAAACUCGCAUCUUCAGGUGCUUAUAUUGCGCAAGGCAGUUAUACUAUAUUGGAGAAAAACGUGUUGAGACCGACUCAUGUUGUGUCAUCAUAGACGUGAGAGU